UGCUGUUGGAGGAGUGAAACCACUUCCUGUAUAGCUAGUUCCUGUGUUGACAGCUGAAGGGGAGGAGGGGACUGGAAGGAACACAGCCCAGGCUGGGGGGCUACUGAAUCUCUGGAGAUGAGGCCUUUAGUCCUUUCCCACCAGGAAUCCCACACUACAGCAGCUGGAGGAGCUUUUCCCAGUCUCUGUGCUCCACAGGGGUCCAGAGAGGUCCAGCAAGCAAGCGGUUUGGGUGGGAAAGAGAACUGGAGGAAGUUGACAGGGAUGGGCGGGGCCCAUGGGGGGCUGACCAGGAACUGAGUUUCCUGUUCUGUACCCAGGCAUCCAGCCCCUGGUUCACCCCCACCCCUUUCCAGCCCCCACUCCCCUCAGGAACCCAGGGAUCCGGUCCUCCUCCCAAAUCCCAGCUCCCCUGCCCCCUCCAGGUUCUCCCCUCCAUGGGAUGGAGGCUGAGAGACCCCAGGAAGAAGAUGGUGAGCAGGGGCCCCAUCAGGAUGAGCAUGGCUGGCCCCCUGUGAGCCCCACCACUCGGCCUUGGCGAUCUGCUCCUCCAUCCCCUCCUCGAGGAACCCGCCAAACAGUCCUGGCGCCCCGCUCGGCCUCCCUGCUCUCCCUGCAGACUGAGCAACUCCUGGACCUGGUGGCAGAGGCCCAGUCCCGCCGCCUAGAGGAGCAGAGGGCCACCUUCCAUGCUCCCCCAAGCCCCCCGAACCUAGUGCGAGCCCCACCCCGGCCUCUUGAGGACAGAGAACAGCUCUACAGCACCAUCCUCAGUCACCAGUGCCAGCGGAUGGAAGCCCAGCGCUCAGAACCACCCCUGCCCCCAGGGGGCCAGGAGCUCCUGGAGUUGCUGCUGAGAGUUCAGGGUGGGGGCCGGAUGGAGGAGCAAAGAUCCCAGCCCCCGGCACACACCUGCUGAGAUUUGAGACCUCUCCACAAAUCUGGGCCUCGAAGCUGGACAGCCUGUCCCAACCCCUGCCUGGCAGGGGUGCCAGAUGCUGGAAGACCCAACAGAAUCCAGUCAUCACCCUCACCCACUUUCCCCGGGGACUGGGAGGGGGUGAGAGGCCUCAGUCCCUAGGAAGUGUCAAGGUAGGAUAGGAUAGGAUAGGAUAGGAUAGGAUAGGCCCUAGGAAGUGUCAAGGUAGGAUAGACUCUUUGCCGAGUCCCUGGGAGCCUGCCCCAGAGGAUGACCUCGGCUGUCCAGACCCUCCACCCCUUCUCUGACAGCCGUGGGGACUCUGGGUCGUGGGUCCUGGUGGGGCCACCCCAAGUCAGGCUGAGGGUCUGCGGGUUCAGUCCUCAGCCUCCCACUGCGGAUCUCAGGUGUGGCCUGACGGGUGAGCCCAUUCCACACUCCUUCCCGGUAAGGACCUGGGGAAGGACCUACAGCAGAGCAUGAGCCGCUGUGCUACCUCCGGGGAUUGAGGGGCCCCGGGGGUUGUGAAUGGACCUUAGCCCUGCCCAUCCGCCUUCCCCGCGGCAGCUGUGUG